AACCGGCCCUCCUCAGGGGAUUGGGGGAGCGUUGGGCUGGAGAGAGAAGGAGCUGCCUCCCAGCCCCACCCUCCCCAAUCCUGGGGCCUUGGCCUUAGUUUCCUCAUGAGAAGCCCCUUCGGGAAGAGAUGUCAGGGGCCAUAAAGACAGUGUGUGUCAGCCCUACCUGGAGGGGCCCCUUGAUAAAUGCCUACUCUUCCCCAUGUUCAGCCCUGCUCCCCAGAUCUGUCAAUCCUCCAAUACAAAGAGGAGCUGGCAGUGCUGGACAGCUCCUGCGGCCUGGCUCACCAGGAUAUGCUCGGACUUUCUGCCAGGGACAGGGGCUUGUAAAUUUCAGGAGGGCAGGAUUAGUCACACAUCUCAGCAUCCUUCCCAGGGCUCCACAUGGGCUAGGCCCCUGGAAAAGGUCAACGCCAUACCCACUGCUGGGCUCUGCUGAAGAACCAAGACAGUUGAGCCACUUGCCUUUCUGCCUGAAGGUCAGCUAAUACUAGCGUUACUUCGUUUAUUCAGUCUACUCUCUCCAGAAUCCUUCUCCUUCAUGUGAACUCUGCUUGCUGUUUCAGAAAGCUGGGGGUGUGUUGCUUUGUAAGUGUCUCAGUCUUUCUGCCACGCCACUCAUCCUUUCCAUCAGACUGGAGACUCUGAGAGCAAGGACUGGGCUCCCCAUCAGACUGGGCUCUGUGAGUCCAGGGGCCAGUCUCCCUACCCACCCAGGCAGCUCCCCCAUCCUCUAUCAUAACUCCUUGGUACUCCAGUCCUAGCUCACCCACAGUGGGCCCCAAGUGGGAGUGGAGAGGGGUGCAGACAGUAAUGAUCCUCAAAGGAGGAGGUGACUCUGCUCCUGGGAGUUUCUGUCUCAGAGGGGCUAAAUCUCAGAUCUACUGUCAGGGCAGUGGACACCAAACUCCAGGAUCUAGGUCACCCCUUUGGCAGCAGAGCUGAUUUAUGGUGCUCUUGACAGCCAAAUAUCAUUAAAUUACUUCACACAAUGGAGAGAGGCUGGCUGCCUCCAGGCUGUCACCAAAGGACGCUGAGCCUGGGGCAGCUUGGAGAAGCCCAGACACCUCCCGUAUCUCAGAUCUCCUUAGAGUCUGUCUCAGGGAGACCAGGGCAGACAGAGGGCACACCCAGGCGUGCCACCAUCAGCUGGGGGUAUAAGUAGACGUCCUCGGGUUUAGCUCCACAGCCUGCACUCCGGAGCUGGCAGCACUCCUACAACUGCUCCCACCCACGAACAGAGGAUAUUGCCAUGAGUUGCAGACAGUUCUCAUCGCCCUGCAGCGGCUGGAGCAGCGGGGGCCGCGGUGGCAGCAUUAGGUUGUCUGUCAGCCGCUUCAGCUCCUUGGGGGCUGGGGGAGGAGGGGGCCGGUUCAGCUCUACCAGCAGCUAUGGUGGGGGGAGCUCCGUGGCCUGUGGGAGGGGAGGUGGCGGCAGUUUCGUCUCCAGCUUUGGCCAAGGAUCUGCGGGUGGCUUUAGUGGUGGUAGUUUUGGUAGUAGCUUUGGCGGAGGCUUUGGGGGCUUUGGGGCUGGCUUUGGUGGCGGUGUUGGAGAUGGUGGCAUUCUGCCUGCGAAUGAGAAGGCCACCAUGCAGGAACUCAAUAGCCGGCUGGCCUCCUACAUGGAAAAUGUGCAGAGACUAGAGAAGGCCAACAGCGACCUGGAGAAUAAGAUCAGGGAGUGGUAUGACAGGCAGAGGCCCAGGACCAUCCAAAAGGAUUACUCUCGCUACUAUGACACUAUCGAGGAUCUCAAGAAGCAGAUUGUGUGCCUCACGGUGGGCAAUAACAAGACUCUCCUGGAGAUUGACAACAGUCGCAUGACCCUGGAUGACUUCAGGAUGAAGUUUGAGAUGGAGCAGAACCUGAGACAAGCAGUGGAUGCUGACCUCAGUGGCCUGAGAAAGGUGCUGGAUGAUCUAACCAUGCAGAAGUCUGACCUGGAGAUGCAGUAUGAGUCUCUGCAGGAGGAGCUGAUAGCCCUCAGAAAGAAUCAUGAGGAGGAGAUGUGCCAGCUGUCUGGGCAGAGCACUGGGGAUGUCAGUGUGGAGAUGAACGCUGCUCCUGGCAGAGAUCUCACUAAGAUCCUCAAUGACAUGCGUGAAGAGUAUGAGCAGCUCAGUGCUAAGAACCGAAGGGACAUCGAGCAGCAAUAUGAGAGUCAGAUGAGCCAGAUCGAGCAGGAGGUGAUGUGUUAUGGCCAGGAAGUGGAGUCCAACAACAAGGAGGUGACCAAGCUUCGGCACAGCGUCCAGGAGUUGGAGAUCGAGCUGCAGGCUCAGCUCAGCAUGAAAUCAGCCCUGGAGAAGUCCUUGGAAGAUACAGAGAAACGUUACAGUCUCCUGCUGCAGCAGGUUCAGGAGCAGAUCAGUAUGCUGGAGGUCCAGCUUGCUGAGAUCCGGGCAGAGAUUGAGUGCCAGAAUCAGGAGUACAGCCUUCUGCUCAGCACCAAGAUGCGGCUGGAGAAGGAAAUUAAGACCUACUGCAGCCUCCUUGAGGGCGGCCAGGAGGACCUUCAGUCUCAUGGAACAGGACAAAUCAGCUUUGGAGGUGGCAGAAGAAGUGGAUCUCAAGGUGGAAGUGGAGGCACUUAUGGAAAAGCAAGUGGAGGCAGCUAUUGUGUAGGAAGUAGUUCUGGAGGGGGAAGUGGAGGCAGCUGUGAAGAAGGAAGUGGAUCUGGAGGAGGAAGUGGAAGGCCAUCCCAGUCUCAGUCCUCUUCCUCAAAAUCUGGUGGCUGUGAGACACAAGGCUACCAGAUACAAUACUAGAACCUCUGUAAACCUCUGUGGCCCUAACCCAGUUGAGCAUCCCCCAAACGGGCAGAUCCUGGAUGAAGCCUACCCACUGCACUGUGGCGAUGAGUCCUGGGGCCCAUUUGGGAUGGGGCUGACUGGGCAGUUGAGCCUCUGGCUUCCCAUUGGCCCCCUCCUCUGGGGGGUUGGGGAGAUCUCUCUUCCUCUGUCUGGUCUAGGGGUGACCCCACUCCCUGUCUGAUCUC